AUGAGCUCCGGAUACCCGUCGUCCGAUAUUUCUCAGCAUAUGGGUUAUCCUUCUCAUCCCACACCGCCUCCACCACCAUCUUCCAUGGCAUCAAUGCGCCACCAUCCAUAUCAACCUUAUCAAGGCCAGCAUAUUGCACCACCAUCAAGGCAACCGCCCCCUCCCUCCAUGCCACAUUCUGUUAGCCAUCUUUCUACACGGCCUACACAACCGUCACACCAUCAAACCCAUUCUCAGCAGCAUUCGUCCCAACUACCUUCCAAUACGCCUCCUCGGCAAGAUGAACCAUCCGUUGAAGACCAGCGGCAAAGCCAAGAGAGUAAUCUUGCUCCUGUUUCUCGCCUAGAAGAGGGCACUGGCCGCCAUUUCCACCUUGAUGUCGUGCAACAGCCCCAGCGUGCCCGCAUGUGUGGCUAUGGUGAUAAGGUAGCAUGGCCCUUUCCUCAUCCUGCUCUCCCUGCCGCUUCGCCCUUUUCAACGUUUGUCGUGUACGCGGCGACAAACUCACGCGGAAAAGAAAAAGACUAA